UUACAAAAAAUAAGGAAAAAAACACCGCGAGCGGCAGAAUAUUAGUGAAUGAAGUUAAUAUGAAGAAGGUUAAUAAAUAGCUCAGUGGGUUAAUAGCGAAUUAGUUCUUGUUUUAUAAGCACUAAGCAUAUAGGUAGAAAGUUGGACAUGGAUAUUUUCUUUUCUCCGACUUCUGGACCUGGAAAGAUGAAGACCAUCUUACUGCUAUAGGUUCUUCUGGCUGGUGUUCAAAAGGGCGAUUCUGCAAUCCCUGGAUUUUGGCCAACAUACUCCUUUUUAAACAACUGUAAAGGCGUGAUUGCUUGUGUUCAGUUUACUUAAAGCUUGAUAGCUAACAUAUCCAUCUGGAUAUGCUUUGCUGUACUGUCUCUCUUUCCCACAUGCAAACAAAAUAACACCUAUGUUUAAAUAUAUAUUUUUUUCUAUAUUUGUAUUCAGUUCUGAUCAUUGUACCAGUACUAUCAUUGAAAACCUAAAUUAGAAAUUCUGAUAAAUGCGCCCUCAACUGCUUAAUAUAGGAAAUGCCCAAUGGGGAGAAGAGGGCUGGGGUUAGGGCAUAUAUAGAUCACAGAAACUGCAAACUCCUCAGUUUGGACACAAACCCUGUUAGGGCUGUUCCCCAAAACAUCUCUUUUGAAAGACUCUUCAUGUGGACAGACAUCAUCAGUUAGACCAGAAAAAAAUAGAAAGUGGAACGUCCAUUUACACUCAUUUCCUGUGGAUCACCUCCAAGAAGACAAAGCCAAGAAGGACUGGACCGGGUCUGGAAGAUGACCAGGGAGUGGAGAUCUGCAAGGAGGCCAUUAUGGUCAGUGGCUGUGAUCAUUGCCAGGCUGACGAUGAUAGUGACUGCCCUGGAGUUUGGUGGUGCCCCAGGACAGUGGGUACGCUACAGCCGAUGGGAGGCUAACUCCAGUGGGGAGCUGAGCUUUAGUCUGAAAACAAAUGUGAGCAAAGCUUUGGUGCUCUACCUGGAUGAUGGAGGCAACUGUGACUUUUUGGAGCUCCUGAUUGCUGACGGACGGCCGCAGCUGCGGUUCACCAUCGACUGUGCGCACCCAGCCGCCCUGAUUAUGGAGACUCCAGUUAAUGAUGACCGCUGGCACAUGGUCCUGCUCAGCCGUAACUACCAGAAAACGAUGCUGGUGGUGGACAGCGAGGCCAAGGUAGCAGACGUCAAGUCCAAACGGAGGGAGAUGGCCAUUGCCAGUGACCUGUUCGUGGGCGGGAUCCCCCCAGAUGUACGUCUCUCUGCUCUCACCUCCAGAACCAUCAUGUAUGAGCCUCCAUUCCAGGGCCUGAUUGUUAACCUGAAGCUUGGGGAGAUGCCACCACACCUGCUUAAUGGUCAUGGCGUACAAAGCGAUCUGGAAUAUCUCUGUAUAAAGCAGAACCCAUGCCUCAAUGGGGGCUUGUGCUCAAUCAAACAUGGAGAGGUGCAUUGCAACUGCUCCCUGACGCGUUACCAGGGCAAAUACUGCAAUGAAGGUCUGGCGCACCUGAUGUUAAACGGUCAAGGAUCUUCUCUGACCUCUGCUACCUCCACUGAAGGGAAGGAGGAGUCCAUGGCCACCUUCAAGGGCAACGAGUUUUUCUGCUAUGACCUGUCGCUGACGCCCAUCCAGAGCAACACAGACGAGAUCACGCUCUCCUUCCGCACGCUGCAGCGCAACGGUCUCAUGCUGCACACGGGAAAGUCAGCUGACUAUGUCAACCUGUCACUUAAGAGUGGUGCUGUCUGGCUUGUCAUCAACCUGGGCUCAGGUGCCUUUGAGGCUCUGGUGGAGCCUGUCAAUGGCAAGUUCAACGACAACGCUUGGCAUGACGUGCGUGUCACCCGCAACCUGCGCCAGCACGCAGGCAUUGGACACGCUAUGGUCACUAUAUCAGUGGAUGGGAUCCUGACCACCACAGGGUACACGCAGGAGGACUACACCAUGCUGGGCUCCGAUGACUUCUUCUACAUUGGAGGGAGUCCCAACACUGCAGACCUGCCCGGCUCUCCAGUGAGCAACAACUUCAUGGGCUGUCUGAAAGAUGUGGUGUACAAGAACAAUGACUUCAAGUUGGAGCUGUCCCGUCUGGCCAUUGAACGGCACCCCAAGAUCAGCGUGCAUGGAGACCUGUUGUUCCGCUGCGAGGAUGUGGCUGCCCUGGACCCCGUCACCUUCGAGACGCCUGAGUCAUACAUCGCCCUGCCUAAAUGGAACACCAAGAACACAGGCACCAUCUCCUUCGACUUCCGCACCACAGAGCCCAACGGUCUGCUGCUUUUCAGCCAUGGCCGGCCCCAGGGCCUGGGUCGGGAGUCGAAGACCCAUUACCUGGCCAUCGAGCUGCGGGAUGGCUACCUUUACUUGCUCAUGGACAUGGGGUCUGGGAGCAUCAAGAUUAAGACCAGCAACAGGAAAGUCAGUGACGGAGAGUGGUGUCACGUGGACUUCCAGAGGGAGGGUCGCAAGGGCUCCAUCUCUGUGAACAGUCGUACUACUCCCUUCAGCUGCAAUGAGGGCAGCGAAAUCCUGGACCUGAACAGCCCCAUUCUUCUGGGGGGCCUGCCAGAAACACGCACCAGCCUCAUGCUGCCGUCAGAGGUCUGGUCGGCAGCCCUCAACUACGGCUACGUGGGCUGCAUGCGUGACCUCUUCAUCGACGGCAAGAGCCAGGAUGUGCGCCGGCUGGCCGAGAUCCAGAGCGCACAGGGUGUGAGCAGCUUCUGCAGCCGAGAGCUGCACAGGAAGUGCAGCACGUCGCCCUGCACCAAUGGUGGCCUGUGCCGAGAGGGCUGGAACCGCUACGUCUGUGACUGUACGGGCACCGGUUUCCUGGGUCCCAACUGUGAGACGGAGGCCACCGUGUUGAGCUAUGAUGGCAGCAUGUACCUGAAGAUUAUCAUGCCAGUCACCAUGCACACGGAGGCUGAGGAUGUCAGCCUGCGCUUCAUGUCCCAGAGAGCUUACGGCCUUCUCAUGGCCACUACCUCCAAGGAGUCCACUGACAUCUUGCGGCUGGAACUGGACAGUGGAAGGGUCAAGCUCAUCGUCAACGUGGGCAAAGGACCUGAGACACUGGUUGCAGGGCAGAAACUGAAUGACAACGAGUGGCAUGCGGUGAAGGUGACGCGCAGAGGAAAGAACCUGCAGCUCUCUGUGGACAAUGUGACCAUGGAUGGCCAGAUAACUGCUGCACAUACGUGCCUGGAGUUCCAAAACAUCGAGACAGGCAUCAUGACCGAGCGACGCUUCGUCUCAGUUGUUCCAUCCAACUUUAUCGGGCACCUGCAGGGCUUGACAGUCAACGGGGUGCCCUACUUGGAUCAGUGCAAAAACGGCGACAUCUCGUACUGCGAGCUCAACGCUCGCUUCGGCAUGCACCACAUCAUUGCCGACCCCAUCGCUUUCCGGAGCAGGGCCAGCUACCUGACUCUGGCCACCCUGCAGGCCUAUGCCUCCAUCCACCUUUUCUUUCAGUUUAAGACCACAUCCUCUGAUGGGCUGCUGCUCUACAACUCUGGCGAUGGCAGUGAUUUCAUUGUUGUGGAGCUGGUCAAAGGGUACAUUCACUAUGUGUUCAACCUGGGUAAAGGCCCAACCCUCAUGAAGGGCAACUCUGAAAAGCCUCUUAAUGACAACCAGUGGCACAACGUGAUUGUCUCCUGGGAUGCCAACAACGUGCACAUGCUGAAGAUCGACUCCCGCACGGUAACCCAGCACACCAACGGAGCCCGUAACCUGGACCUCAAAGGAGAGCUGUACCUUGGGGGAGUUGGGCGGAAUAUGUACAACAGCCUGCCAAAACUCAUUGCAUCCCGGGAUGGAUACCAAGGCUGCCUGGCCUCCAUCGACCUAAAUGGGAGACUCCCAGAUCUGAUUGCAGAUGCACUCCACAGGGUGGGGCCAGUGGAACGGGGCUGCGAUGGCCCUGGUGCAACCUGCACAGAGGAUUCCUGCUUCAAUCAGGGUGUGUGUCUGCAGCAGUGGGAGGGCUUCUCCUGUGACUGUACCAUGACGUCCUAUGGGGGCUCUUUCUGCCAUGAUCCUGGGACCACAUAUAUUUUUGGAAGAGGAGGAGCCCUCAUCAUCUACACCUGGCCACCCAACGACCGGCCGAGCACACGGGCAGACCGGCUAGCGGUGGGGUUCAGCACCCAGCUGAGAGAGGCCAUCUUGGUGAGGGUGGAGAGUGCCUCAGGACUUGGAGACUACCUGGAACUUCACAUAGAAAGUGGGAAAAUCGGCGUGAUCUUCAAUGUGGGGACAGACGAUAUCACCAUAGACGAGAGCGCUGUCAUGGUGAGCGAUGGCAAAUACCAUGUGGUGCGCUUCACUCGCAGCGGGGGCAAUGCAACCCUCCAGGUGGACAACCAGCCGGUUAUCGAGCGCUUCCCGUCAGGGAGCUUUGAUAGUGAGCGCCUGGCUAUUGCCAGACAGAGAAUCCCAUACAGACUUGGUCGGGUAGUUGACGAAUGGCUACUUGACAAAGGUCGACAGCUGACCAUCUUUAACAGCCAGGCGUCCAUAAAGAUUGGCGGUCGGGAUAGAGGUCGACCAUUCCAGGGCCAGAUUUCAGGGCUCUACUACAAUGGGCUCCAGGUGCUAAAGCUGGCAGCUGAGGGUGACCCAAAUGUGCAGGUGGAGGGAAACCUGAGGUUGGUGGGGGACGUACCAUCUGUCCUGACCACUGACACCACCUCUACUACCCCCUUGGCUGACAUGUCCACUACCAUCAUGGAGACCACUACCACCAUGGCCACCACCACCACCCGCAAGCAGCGCUCACCCACCAUGAGAGACAGCAUCGCACAGAACACGGAUGACCUGCUAGUAGCUUCCGCAGAGUGUCCCAGCGAUGACGAAGACCUAGAGGAGUGUGAGCCGGGAACUGGAGGUGAAUUAGUCUUGCCCAUUAUUACAGUGGACACUUUAGAGCCCCCGUCUAUCGCCACCCACUACCCUGUAAUCCCCCCUCCCCCCACGUACCGUCCCCUCCUCACCCUGCUCGAGACCACCAAAGAGUCCCUGCCUCUGGCCAAUGGCCGCCCCCCCUGCCCCCUGGACCAGGAGGACUGUGAGGAGCCCAUUGAGGUGUCAGCCUACGGCUCGGGGGAAAUGACCGAGUCUGAUGACGAGGACUUUUACAAAAAUGCCCCCCUCAUCCCUGAUAGGACAGUGCUACCACCCCCUCCUGCAGCGGAGGGUGCUGUACAGAGCCCCCGCGAUCGGCAUUUCUUUAAGCCCCCCUCUGUCCCCACAUUUGGACCUGACCAGCUCCCCCACCGCAGGCCUGGCCUGGGUGCCAACGGGCGCAUGCCUGCUGGAAAAAUGAACACCCGCGAUCAGGUGCUUCUGCUGCCUGCUGCCUCCGUCGACCCGGAUCACAGCGGACGGCACCGACACAUUCCAGGAAUAACCCGCCCCCCCAAUUUGCCCACAGCCAGCCCCACAGCCCCGGAGAGGGGCCCGCCUGGCGCGGUGGAGGUGAUCCGCGAGUCCAGCAGCACCACAGGCAUGGUGGUCGGCAUUGUAGCAGCUGCUGCCCUCUGCAUCCUCAUUCUUCUCUAUGCCAUGUACAAGUACCGAAACCGUGACGAGGGUUCCUACCAGGUGGAUCAGACUCGAAACUACAUCAGCAACUCUGCCACACAUCCCAAUGGAACUUUAGUCAAAGAGACGCAGCCAGGGGUCCCCAAAACUGCCGCCAAAAGCAAGAAGAACAAGGAUAAGGAGUACUAUGUGUGAGCUUGGCCUAUGAGAGGUGGACAGACAGAGGGAGAGAGUGGAGAGGGACGGAGAGACCAUGAUCUGCUUCUGCGGGGAUCUAUUCUCCAUCUUCCAGCUCAUACAGGCUCAGACAAACAACACAAUUCCAGGCUCCAAAAUCCUAAUGUUGCCAAAAGCUUGUCUUUGUCUGACUCUUUACCACUCAGCAGUCUAUGCAUGUAGGCAGCAACAGGGGCCCGCAAGGCAGGCAGAAUAAUCCUACCGUUUUCCAUCACCAAUUCAAUUAUUCAUUCUGACACAUUCAAAAAAAAUUAUUGGGUUUUUAUGGCUAAUGCCUCUUUGUUAAUUGUUCCCUUUUGGCCGAAAUGCAAAUGAAAAUAUGCUAUAUUUCUCUCUCCACCUGUUGUUCUCUCAUUUUAAAGAUGUACCAUUGAGGCCUCCUCAGUAAUUAUUUUUUUGAAAGUUUUGAAAACAGAGUAGUUAGUUUAGCCUGAUCUAGAACAGGGGUCCCCAAAGUGAGGGGUCGCAAUGUAAUUUUUGCAGAAUAUGUUUGGAAAAUUGUAAAAACACACAAAAAAAAUUCACUGUAUUCACUGCAACCAAUAAAUCUACCGAGCAAAUUGUAGCCCCCAAAUGGUGAAAUCUACCGAGGAGGCUUCGGCUAAAUGGGGUUCACAAGUAUCUGCCGCUGUUAAUUUGGGGGCCAUGGGCUGCAAAGUUUGGGAACCUCUGAUGUAGGAGACUGGGGCCUCUCAAAUAGAUCUCUGCUUAUAUUUAAAUUGAACAAAGUGUCAAAGAUGCCUCCCUCCAUCUUUAUGCUCACUGCCGCUAACCUCCCGAAGACUCUCUGGCUCUCUCUUCCUCUUUCUGUUCAUGGUGCUAAAAGUUUCUCUGCUGUGUCUCAAGCAUGUAGUGUUCAUUACAGUUACAAAAAAAAAUCAACUGUUUCUGUGAAAAAAAUAGAAAGUGAGAAUGACUCAAGGCUGACAGAGAAUUGAAGCCACCAAACCCAAGUUGUCCGGCUGACAAGUUGACCUCCUGACCACAUAUCAACUGCCACCAAAUACAAGAGUGAAUGGACCAUGGCUUUCAGCAUGACAAAGCAACUGCAGUGAACUUGUCCUAAACAAAUGUAUAAAUAUAUGUAUAGACAUUGCACAAAUCUAUGGACUUCACUGGAACCAUAUCAAAAAGGGAAGUGAUCUGUUUGUGUGUGUUUCAGCCAAGGUCACAAAUAUAUACCUGGAAGAAGCAGCAGCAAGAAAACAAUGCUGCUGGUAUCAAGUGAAAGACAUUUGAAGUCUGUUGCGUUUCCUGGUGUAUUCAUAGCAGGCAAGUGCAUCCACCGCUGAGUCUGCAUAUUGAUCGUCCAUCUUGUCCUCCUCUUCUGUUGACUGCAAAUCAACAAACAAUUGACAAGAAAAGGAAAGAAGAAAGUGGAAUAUGGUUACCUUGGGGGUUAAACAGAACUUCAGUAUGCCAAUUUUCUUGAGCCCAUAAAAACUCUUCACUAAAAAAUUAAAAGUUUAAUCUCUCAUACCAUUCCUAAGAAAAGUGCUUUUCCUGAUAAUGCCCUCACCAAAAUAUGAAAAUUGAGUAAGAAACUGAAAUUUAUAUGUUCUGUUUCUUAAAGGACCAGUGUGAUUUGGGUUGAAAUGGUCUUAUACUCUUCCCUCCUUAUGACAUGAGGAGAUUCCGUCCCUAACAGUGAAGCUCCUUCUGCAUCCUGCUAACUGUCUCGCCCAUUAUUUUUCAUAACUUCACAUUGUAUGUAACAGCACUGACAUAAUAUUCUACUUCAUUUUUAGAAACUGUAUGUAACAGCACUGACAAAUUCUCAAGGUCAUGCGUGACAGCACUGGCAAAUUCUCAAGGCCAUGCGUGACAGCACUGGCAAAUUCUCAAGGUCAUGCGUGACAGCACUGGCAAAUUCUCAAGGCCAUGCGUGACAGCACUGGCAAAUUCUCAAGGCCAUGCGUGACAGCACUGGCAAAUUCUCAAGGCCAUGCGUGACAGCACUGGCAAAUUCUCAAGGUCAUGCGUUACAGCACUGGCAAAUUCUCAAGGCCAUGCGUGACAGCACUGGCAAAUUCUCAAGGUCAUGCGUUACAGCACUGGCAAAUUCUCAAGGUUAUGCGUUACAGCACUGGCAAAUUCUCAAGGUCAUGCGUUACAGCACUGGCAAACACACGUUUUGUUUUUAUAAUGACACAAAGCCAGCAAGGCCUCUUUCCUGUUCUGUAUCUAUAGAUUAUUUAUCCUUGACAUGAUUUUGUAUUAUACUUGAACAGUCACCAUGUCCGUAUCAGGAAGCUAGCCGAGUCCAUUCAUCUUUUUGGUCAGUUCAUUCUGAUUCCUGCUCUUCUUAUUAAAUGUUAUUGUAAAGUGUUUCCGUGAGAUAUGUGUACAUUAACAGAGGGGAAAUACAAUUGGUUAUACACUUCUUAAA